GCUUCGAAUGAAUGACAUACUCCAAGACAUGGGAAGGGAAAUUGUUCGCAAAGAGUCUCCGAAUGAGCCCGGAAAACGUAGCAGAUUGUGGCUUCAUGAAGACGCAUAUGAUGCACUGUCGAAAAAUGCAGGAACAGUAGUAGUUGAAGGAAUGGUCUUAAACUUCAACCAACCAAAAAAAAUGUAUGUUUGAGUAUUGAAGCAUUUACAAAAAUGGAAAGAUUACGGUUGCUCCAAGCUCAUCAUUUUCCUGAACCUUUAUUAAAUGAUUCGAUCUCUUUUAUGGGGAAGAAACUUCUGUUCAAGAAGUUAAGAUGGCUAUGUUGGCCUGGAUUCCCUUUAAGAUCUAUUCCAAACAAUUUUCAUCUGGAGAACCUUGUUGUUCUUGACAUACAAUAUAGCAAUCUCGUGCAAGUCUGGAAGGGAAGCAAGCCAGAGUAUCUUGGAAAGCUGAAAGUCCUUAAUCUCGACCAUUGCCUUGACCUAACCAAAACCCCCAACUUCUUGGGACUCCCUAGCCUUGAGAUAUUGACACUUGAAGGUUGUACAAGUUUGGUGGAAGUUCACAAAUCCAUUGGAAAAUUAAACAACCUUCUCAUUUUGAAUCUAAAAGGUUGUACAAAUCUUCAGAGACUCCCAAGAAGCAUUUGGAAUUUGAAAUCUCUAGAGAGUCUUAUUCUUUCUGGUUGUUCAAAAAUCAAUGAACUGCCAGAGGAACUGGGAAAUAUGGAAAGUUUAACAGAGCUUCUUGCUGAUGCAACUGCCAUAAGGAAACUGCCCAUUUCCUUUGGGCUUUUGCAUAACCUCAGAAGCUUUUCUUUGAGUGGAUGUAAAGGAUCGCCAUCAAAAUCAUGUAAUUCAUUUAUUUGUUCUGUGGGAGAACCAAGAAGGGAUGAUGCCAUUACAUCUUUGCGGGCUUCUUUCUCUGGUUUACUCUUCUUAACAUGCUUGAGUCUUAGGGACUGCAACCUAUCUGUUAUGCUUCCCAAUGAUCUUGAGAGUUUAUCCUCGUAACAA